AUGGGGCAGGGAGGACAUGGCUAUUGUCCGGGUAAUCCUCACGGAGGAAUGCACGGACAACCUGGAAUGCACGGGCAACAUGGAAUGCCCGGACAACAUGGAAUGUACGGACAACCUGGAAUGCCCGGACAACAUGGAAUGCCCGGACAACAUGGAAUGUACGGACAACCUGGAAUGCCUGGACAACCGGGAAUGAUGCCAGGUCAGCCUCCUUACGGCUCAGGAAUGCCACCACAUUACUAA